AAGAUGCGUGAUGGGGGUGCUGGGCGUGAGGGAUGUAGGCGAGUGAAGGAGACGGAGAUAAUCCCCGAUCCAAACGACUCCGUGCCCUAAUUUACCAGAUCAACAUAAAACUCCUUCUCAUACGCUCUCUUUCCCUCACCUCUCAUCUCAAGCGAGUAGUAGUAGCGGCAGUGGUAGAAGAAUAAGAAGCGAGGGAAAGCAGCAGUCCACGCCCAGACCCCUCGCGUGGAUUUGCAGUUUUUUUUUUUUCUUUUGCGCAGAUUCAAUCUCUCUCUCUCUCUCUCUGGAGCGUCGAGUAUAACAAACCGGUAUGUAUAAAUAGUACUAUUAUUGACUGGGAAAACAGGGUGUGCCAUGGAUAUAGACCUUAGAUUACCUUCUGAAGAACAUGAUAAGGAGGAUGAAGAGUCAAAUGGACUUGCUCAUAUGCUUGAUGGUGAAGAAGAGAAACCUCAUAACGAAGAUGGUGUGAGUGGAAACAUGGUGGAUAUCGAGGAUAAAUUACAUGCACAAAAUGGAGGGGGCAUGAUUAUUCCUGUGGGAGACUUUGUGGAAUCGAAAGAGGAUAUCUUGCUUGAGCCCCUCGCUGGAAUGGAAUUUGAAUCACUUGCAGAAGCAUAUGCCUUCUAUCAAGAAUAUGCCAGAUCUACAGGAUUUAAUACUGCUAUACAGAACAGCAGACGUUCCAAGACAUCCAGGGAAUUCAUUGAUGCUAAGUUUGCAUGUUCCAGGUAUGGAACCAAACGUGAAUAUGAGAAAUCUGUAAAUCGCCCGCGCAGUAGACAAGGGAACCGGCAGGAUUCUGAAAAUGCCACAGGUCGAAGAGCAUGUGCCAAGACAGAUUGCAAAGCAAGCAUGCAUGUUAAGAGAAGACCUGAUGCAAAAUGGAUUAUACAUAGAUUUGAGAAAGAGCAUAACCAUGAGCUUCUGCCUGCCCAGGCUGUGAGUGAACAGACACGAAAGAUGUAUGCUGCAAUGGCAAGACAAUUUGCUGAGUACAAAAAUUUGGUUGGCCUCAAAAGUGACUCAAGAAGUCCCUUUGAGAAAAGCCGGAAUCAAGCAAUUGAAGUAGGAGAUGCAAGCUGUUUGCUAGAAUUUUUCAAUCAAAUGCAGAGCACAAAUUCCAACUUCUUUUAUGCAGUUGAGAUAAGUGAAGAUCAGCGUCUUAAGAAUUUCUUCUGGGUUGAUGCCAAAAGUAGGUAUGACUAUGCUAAUUUCAGUGAUGUGGUUGCUUUUGAUACUACCUAUGUUCGAAGCAAGUAUAAGAUGCCUCUGGCUCUUUUUGUGGGGGUCAAUCAACACUAUCAGUUCAUGCUACUUGGAUGUGCUUUAGUAUCUGAUGAAAGUGAUACUACUUAUUCUUGGGUAAUGAGAACAUGGUUAAAGGCGAUGGGUGGUCAACCCCCAAAAUUGAUUAUUACUGAUCAAGACAUGGUCUUGAAGUCCGUUGUGUCAGAGGUUUUUCCUUCAGCUUACCAUUACUUUUUUCUCUGGCAUAUAGUUGGAAAGGUAACUGAAACACUUAGCCAUGUCAUUAAACAAAAUGAGAAAUUCAUGGUGAAGUUUGAAAAAUGCAUUUAUAGGUCAUGGAUGGAAGAGGAGUUUGAGAAAAGAUGGUUGAAGUUGGUUGAUAGAUUUGAGCUUAAAGAAAAUGAAUUGGUGCAGUCUUUAUAUGCAGAUCGCACUAAAUGGGUGCCCCUGUUUUUGACGAAUGCAUUUUUGGCUGGAAUGUCUACUGUUCAGCGAUCAGAGAGCGUGAAUAGUUUCUUUGACAAAUAUUUGCACAAGAAGACUACUGUGCAAGAGUUUGUCAAACAGUAUGAUGCAAUUUUGCAGGACAGAUAUGAAGAAGAAGCAAAAGCAGAUUCUGAUACAUGGAACAAGCAACCUGCAUUGAAGUCUCCAUCCCCAUUUGAGAAGCAUGUAGCCAGCAUUUACACCCAUGCUGUGUUUAAGAAAUUUCAAGUUGAGGUCCUAGGAGCAGUUGCUUGUAUUCCUAAAAGAGAGAGGCAAGAGGAGAUGACCAUUACUUUCAGGGUUGAAGAUUUUGAAAAAAAUCAGGAGUUCUUUGUUACUUUAAAUGAAUUAAAGUCUGAAGUAUCUUGUGUAUGCCAUUUGUUCGAAUAUAAAGGUUUUCUUUGUAGGCAUGCAAUGAUUGUUCUUCAAAUUUGUGGGAUUUCCACCAUUCCAUCCCAAUAUAUAUUGAAACGGUGGAUGAAAGAUGCCAAAAGUAGGUAUUCAGUAGGAGAGGGGUCUGAACAGUUGCAAUCAAGGGUGCAACGAUACAAUGAACUUUACCAACGGGCUAUGAAGCUGAUUGAAGAAGGCUCACUAUCCCAAGAGAGUUACAACUUUGCGCUCCGUGCACUUGAUGAUGCUUUUGGGAACUGUGUUAGUGUAAACAACUCUAAUAAAAAUAUUGCAGAUGCCGGAACAUCAACCACACCUGGACUUCUCUGCAUUGAAGAAGAUGAGCAAAGUAGAAGCAUGGGCAAGACAAAUAAGACAAAUAAAAAGAAUAGUACAACCAAGAAAAGGAAGGUAAACUCGGAUUCUGACAUCAUGACUGUUGGGGCAUCAGAUGGCUUGCAACCAUUGGAGAAGUUAAGCUCAAGACCAGUUAAUCUUGAUGGCUAUUUUGGCCAUCAACAGGGUGUUCAAGGAAUGGUACAGCUGAACUUAAUGGCUCCUACUCGAGAAAAUUACUAUGCAAGCCAGCAGACCAUUCAGGGGCUAGGACAGUUAAAUUCUAUAGCACCUUCGCAUGACAGCUAUUAUGGAAGUCAGCCAACCAUACAUGGGCUGGGGCAGAUGGACUUCCUCCGUGCUUCAAGUUUCACAUAUGGCAUUCGGGAGGAGCCCAAUAUAAGAUCCACACAGUUGCAUGAUGACGCUUCUAGACAUGCAUGAGGAACUUUUUUAAUGCUAAGGUAGUAACUGUUGUACCUCAGUUUUGCCAUAUGUAUAUCCUGUUGGACCUAAGCUCGUUGGGUGCAGGGCAUCGACUUAUCUGAAUAGGGGUAAAAACCUUUUUGUGACAUUAAAUUCUGUGUAGCACUUAAAAUGCUUUGGAUAUUCUGGACGUGGUCCUCUAUUGUUGCUGAAGAUUAGACGACUUGUUUUGGUGUCUGUUGAAUAAUGAAGCGAGCAGUGAUAUAUUAAUUGUGAAAUGUACUUGUGAUUGACUCGGGGUAUCUAAGGCACUUUGUAGUUUGAAA